GAGCCAUGUCUUUUGAAGCAAUCCUGCGUUUUAAACGACAUUUGAUCUUAUUAGCCUUCCCCUCCCGCAUUUCUGAGAUCUAUUGCUUUUUGUUCCUGUUUCUUUUCUCGACACUAAUAACUUCCACGACACAGUAGCAAUAAUUAGUUCUUUUGUUCUACCCAAAACCGACCUGGCAUUGGCGAGUGACAGUUCAUGAUUGGAGAAACCGGGCGGGAAAAGAAAAUAGAGAGAGACAAAAGAAAGGCCAGCGAAUAAAUGGCGACACCAAACACGCUCAGCCCGAGCCGCCACGGGGCCGACGACAGUUCCAAGCAGGUCUACGAGCCGUCGGAUCGAUAUGCAGAAGUCGUGCCCGGGCAGAACGCACCCUCGCCACUCGAGCAACAACCAUACGACGCCCCUGUCCCGACACAUGUCUACUACGACUCGCAACACAAGGAGCCCGCGGCUGCAUACUACCACAAUGUCGAGGGCUACGCGCAGCAGCAACAGCAGCAGCACUACCAACACCAAGCAUACCAUCCCGCUCCCAACUCGCCCAAAGUGUCGGCAUCGACGCCACUGACGAACAAUUCCGACAAGGCCGGCCAGCAAGGAGCCCGAAAGCGACCCAGCUGGCUCGUGGCGGCCGGCGUCGCCCUGGUUGCGGCGCUCAUCGCGGCGGCCGUCUCCGGCAUCGCCGUGUGGAAGGCCACAGAGAGCAAGGGAGCGGGAACCGGAACGGGAACCUGCGAGGCAACCGUCGGGCCUGAUGGUAGACCUAACCCCACUGGCGGAAAGAAUGGGGACGCCGUGACGUGCCCUGCUAUUAUGGGAACUAGCGUGGGCGGGGUCGACAAGGCCAUCAGGCAAAACUCGGGUCUUGCCGCGGUCGGAUGGCGAACCAAGGAUGAGCGGUACAUGCAGCUGUUUUAUCAGGACGCAGACGACAAUCUGAUGACCAGUUGGUUUGGAUCCAUGUUUGUCAACUGGACCGUGCCGAGGAAGGUUGCCAUGAGACCAGGCGAUAAAGCCAUGGGCGGCACGCCGCUCGCCGUGAGCACCAUCUGGUUCGAGACCAACGUGGUCGACGAGUACAUGGCACAAAACCAGAUGAACUAUCUCGCACCAAACGGCACCGUUCGCGGAUACAACUUCCGGCUGAUCUGGCCAAUGGGCUUGCCGGACGGCAUCAUGCAGACGAGCUACUCGGCCUCGACCCAAUCGUCGCUCUCCUCCCUCUGGCCCCUGCAGCACUACCAAGAUUCGGACGGUGCCAUUUUCGAGGUGACCCAGGUCAACGACCGAGCCAAGCUGACCGACGUGCCCAACGCCGACAAGGGCACGCCGCUGCUCGCCCUCCCCGUCGCGGCCAAGCACGCCUCCAAGGAGGUGCGGCUGUUCUACCGCAACACGGACGGCAACCUCGCCCUGUACGAGCGCGACUCGACGGGAAAGGCCACCGACGCCACCGCCUCCCUGGGGAUACCGAUUCCCGCCGACGCCAAGCUGGCCGGCUUCGCCAAUGCGCGCGCCGCCACGGGGCCCGGCAUCAACACGUUUGUGCUGUGGCAGGACGGGUCGCGGGCCGGGGACAAUGGCGGCAUUCGGAUCCUCACGCAGACGGACGGCGGCAAGGACUGGAAGGGCCCCGCUUCAGAUCCCGUCUUCAAGGACGCAGACGUGCCCACCCACGUCACCUGCGUCAACGAGGGCAUGGGCGGCAGCGACAUUCCGGGCCAGCUCGGCGUUGCGCUCACCACGAGCAGUGACAUGAACAGGUGUUUCUUCCAGGCAGGACGGAGGCUGAAGCAGGUGUGGCACGACGGGAAGCAGUGGGUGGAUUUGGGGUUUGUGCUGAUGCCCUGAGGUGGAGAGACUCGAAAAUUUGUAAUAAAAUAUAUUCCUCACGACUAUUAAAAUUUAAUGCCUUUUUUGCCACAGAAUUACCUGCCGAGGCCCAACAGAAGAGAGCGUGGCUGCUCUGGCAGCACAACGCGAUUGCUCUCAACACACCACUAC